CAACUGCACCAGGAAUCCUGAUUGGAUGAAGGCUCCCAGCUGCUAGAGGAGAAGUGACAGGGUCACAGAUCUCUGUGUUCUGAAGAGAGGAAGAGUGGCUGGGUACAUGUGUUUCCUUUUCCAGGAAAGAUGCUCAGAACCUCAGCUGGUAUAAAAGCCGUUUGAGCCAUUGGGGUAGGAAGAGGCUCAGAGUGAUGCCUUCAGGCAGCAUUUACCAAAAGUGCGAAGAGUCCGACCAAGGGACGCUCAAGGAACAGGAGACAGAAAUGGCUUUUGGGAGAGCAGGGAAUUCCUUGCUGCAGGGCGGUAGCGGCCUGAAUGGGGAGGAAAGGUCAGUAUUACCCCUUAACGCUGUGAACGCCGUGUCGUUUGUAUUAUGGGUCAUCCUCCUCGCCAUGGUGAUUGGAAAGUACUCGGAGAUGUCCAAGGAGCUGGAGCAGUUGCGGACUGGUCAAUCUGUGCUGAGAGGCAACGGCUCCAAGACAGCGAAGCAACUGGAGACACUUCAUUUCAACCAGUCCGCCAUGCACAGCACUGAGGUGGAGCUGGCCACGGAGCUGAAGAGGCUGCAGUCGGACCAGGCCACGCUGAGAGUGGAAGUGUCGGAGGGUCUGGCCAAAGCGAAAAGUGACAGAGAUAACAUCAGGGCUGAGGCCUACAAGAUUCUGGAUGCUGUCCAGAAAAGGAACGACUCUGCCUGCAGCAUUUGUCCAGCCGGCUGGCUGCUGAAUUCAGGGACCUGCUACUACUUCUCCACAGUGCGUAAACACUGGUCCUAUGCCAAGCAGGCCUGCAAAGACCAAGGUGCCGAGCUGAUUAUUAUUGAUAACCCACAAAAGCAGGAGUUUUUGACAAAGAACACUAACGGCAAGCAGUACUGGAUUGGCCUGCACGACGUUAGCAAUGAAGGGACAUUUAUAUGGGUCGACGACAGUUCUGUGUCAUACAGCAACUGGGAUCGAGGGGAGCCCAACAAUUUUGGCAGUGGUGAGGACUGUGUGAUGAUGCUCAAAGAUGGGAAGUGGAACGACGCUGCGUGUACGAUGAAUGGGGAUGGCUGGAUCUGUGAAAAGAAGUGGAUUUGUUAAACAGUGGCCAGGAGGAACACAACACAGCCAGUGCAUCUUAAUAACCACAGAGCCACCCCGCUGCCCUCUGCCCCUUCCAUGCAAGGUCUGCCAGCUCUUUACAAACUUCAGUGCAUUAAACCUCACAGAUCUCACCUCUUCCACUCUUGGGAGCAAGGUACUAUCACCCCAACUUUAUAGCUGGCGAAACUGAAGCACAGGGACUUACCCAGGUCACAGCAGUGAAUCAGUGGAAGAGACUGGAUUAGUACCCAGGAGUCCUGACUCCCAGUCCCCGGCUCUUAUUACACCACAGUAUUUCACAUGGCUGGAAACAGGAGUCCUGACCACUACUGCUCUAACCACUAAACCAUCCUCCCCGCCAAGAGCCAGGGAUAGAACCCAGGAAUCCUGACUCUCAACCCCCCUGACUCUAAUCCCUAGACCCCAUUCAACUCCCAGAGCUGGGAAAAGAUCCUAAGUGCCCUGAAUUCCAGCCCCUGCUCUAACUAUUAGACAAAACAGACUCUUUCACAAUGUGGCAAUUUAUUGGGUGGAAAACCCAGCUAGCCCCCUGAACUAUAUUAAUCCAUUAUCAGCAUUUAUGGGGAAAGGGGGCAGAAUCCUUACUGCACAAGAAGUCAAAUUUUAGAACCUGCCAGUCAAUCCCAUCAACAUGGUAUAGAUCUGGUCAUUUCUCUAUAGUAAAGGAUGUGACCAACUUCCUGGUUUAAUGCAAAUUUUCCUCCCCUGCUAACUAGGGCUAAAAUUUACACAGCUCCAGCCGCCGCUACUGCCCCGGGGCCCUUUAAAUCCCCGCCUGAGCCCUGCUGCCGAAGCCCUGGGGUAGCAGCGGCGGGGCUCCGGAGGGGAUUUAAAGGGCCGGGGCGGUAGCGGUGGCUAGAGCCCCAAGCCCUUUAAAUCCCCGCCUG